CUGUCGACGUUCCAUCUUCGUUUAUUGCACAAACUGAUAACGCCGGCAAAUCAUGUCGUUGAAUCUUGGAGAUCCAUUCCCGAACUUCAGUGCCGAUACCACAAUCGGUACGAUCGAUUUUCACUCGUGGAUAGGCGACAGCUGGGCCAUUCUGUUUUCCCACCCUGCGGAUUAUACGCCCGUCUGUACGACGGAAUUGGCGGCGGUCGCGAAACUGGUGCCGGAAUUUGCCAAGCGCAACGUAAAACCGAUCGCCUUAUCAUGUGAUACGGUAGAAUCGCACCGCGGAUGGAUCGAGGACAUCAAAGCGUACGGCCAGCUGGCCACCGGUGAUGCUUUUCCCUUUCCCAUCAUUGACGAUUCGCACCGGGAGCUGGCGGUGAAGCUGAACAUGCUCGAUAAGGAUGAGAUCGGAUCAGCCGGUUUGCCGUUAACGUGCCGGGCAGUGUUCGUAAUCGAUGCCGGUAAGAAGUUGCGGCUUUCGAUCCUUUACCCGGCGACAACGGGACGGAACUUUGCGGAGCUACUACGCACGAUCGAUUCUAUGCAGCUGACGGACAAGCGGAAGGUUGCGACACCGGCCGAUUGGAUGCCGGGUGACACGUGUAUGGUGCAACCGACGGUUCCGGAGGAUCAGCUGCAGUCGUUGUUCCCGGCAGGUGUAAACAGUGUCACAUUGCCAUCGGGGAAAAAGUACUUACGCAAAACGGAUUGCCCGAAAUGAUGCUGCUGAAUGUUAACUGCUGGAUACUUAAGCAUGUGCAUACAAGUUCUUAUUGCCAGUACAGGGUGAAGUUUUGUAUAAAUUGUUAUUUCGAUUGACCAAAAUCAUUAAUUGGAUUUACACUAAUAUAUAUGUUUGAAAGCCGUUUGUCUCCAGGCUAACCAGCGUA